AUGCCAAAUAAUAGAAAAAGACAUAUUGAUUAUAAAGAUAAUAUUUCACCUAAUAUAAAUGAUGGAAAGCCGAAAAAAAGAUGUAUUGAUGAUAAAGAUGAUAAUAUUACAACAAUGGACACAAUAAAAAAUGUUUCCCUGUUUGCACUGUCCACAGGAGAUGCCUUUACAAAUUAUGUACCAAUACUUAAAACAAUCUGUGAUUUAUGUGAAACAAUUAUAAGACUUUAUGAUACUAUUAAAGAAAAUAAGACAAUUUCUAUAGCAUUAAUUCAUAGAGUUGAAUUGGCACAUAACAAUAAUGGACCUAUACACUUGACACAUGAAGAUGGGUAUGAUGUUAAUGAUCAAGGUCUUAAGACUGGCUUAUUAUCAUCUACAGAGUAUCAAAAUUAUAAUAAUCAACAUUUGAUGGGAAAAGAAGGAGAUUCAACAUCGAUAAGGUCAUUCGAAUCAUUGUCAACAGAUAUUGGACCGCAACAACAGUAUUAUGAUUAUACGGCCAAUAUCGGAAUUGCGACGGGUGGUGAGGAAGUAGGUAUGGAAACAUCUGAAUAUCCACCUAUGCGACAACAGCCACAAUUACAGCAACAAUAUGGAGCAGCAAUAACAGGUCAUCCGCUAAUACCAAUAGAACAACAGCAAUUUUAUCAGCAAAUAGACCAACUAAGAUCUUUAUGGGUUGAGUAUCGUGCUGUAAACGAAACUGGUAAUGGUAAUAACGAUUAUGGUGAUCAGUCAGAAUGGGCCAGAGGAAAAUUACAGACGAUAUUAACGGAACUUGAUAAACUUAUACAAGAACAAGUUUUAUGGAAAUCAACUUUAUCUGCUGAAAUAGAGGAUUUAUUGAUAGAAAUAGAGGAAUAUAGUCAAUUGUUUGGUCGUAAUGUAGACACGAUAAUAUCACAAGCUGCUUUAUUGCAUGUUGAAAUAAAUAAUUUAACGCGUGAUAAAUUAUCAAGUAUACGAAAUGAGUUAAAAGAGGAAGCUGAUUUGACAAGGGAGAAUAUUAAGAAAUGGUUGACAAGUCUUCGAACAUUUGUUAAAGAGUUAGAUUCUGAUUAUGUCGUUCCGUCUGACGAGGUGUUUGAGAGUAAUUUGGGUACAGCUGUACUUGGUCUUCGAAACGAAUUUGAAGAAUCAUCGAUUCAACUUCAUUAUUAUUGGGACACUCUUUGCUACAAACCAAAAGAUGAAAUAGAUAAGGCUUUAUCACAAUUAUUUGUUGAUAAACCAAAUCCAAAGGACAUUUUUGAAGCUUACACAGAACGUAAACAGAAAUUGAUGAUGUUGAAGAAAACUAUACAUAACUUCUAUGAAGAAUUGGAUAUUCCGAAAGAGAAAAGAUUGGAAUUUAGUGAUUCGUUGGACGAAGAGAAUAUCGAUAAAUUAUCAAAAGAAUAUGAAAGCCUUCGUGAAAUUAUGAGACAACGAAUUCAAAAGGCUAUCGACGAGUAUACAGUACAAUUGGGUGAAUUAUGGGAUAAAUGUUUGGUUCCUCAAUAUGAACGUGAUGAAUUCUUUUCAAAUUUACAUUCAUUGAAUUCUGCUGAAGAAGUAUACGAAUUACUCGCGCAAGAAAUUGAUCGUCUUCAAGAUCUUUAUGCUAAAUGUGCCAAGAUAUAUAGAUGGAUGUUAGAAAGACGUGCUUUAAUCGAGAAAAUGAUUGAAUUUGAGAAAAAGGCUUCUGACCCACGUCGUCUAUUCCAAAGUUCAUUUCGAUUAUUGGAAGAAGAAAAAUGGAGAAAAACAUGUUGGCCCAAUUUGGUUAAGAUUGAAGAUCAACUAAUCAAUGCUUGUGUUGCUUAUGAAGAAUCUGAACGUAAACCUUUUAUGCAUGAAAGCAAACGUUACUUGGACACUUUGCAAUCUGAAAUUUCUGAGCGUAUUGUAAAUCAAAUGUUCUUCGGUUUUGAACAAUUUGGCUCUAAAAAUACAAAAAACGCUAACAAUAAUGAUGAUGAAAACAGCAAUAAAUCAAAAAAUGCUUCAAAACGUAAAGAUAGCCAAAAGGCAAUGCCAAGCAGACCAUCUUCACCUACCAACGAAAAUAAAAGAAAUAGCAGAUUAUUUGCUAAAGCUCCAUCAGCUAGUCGUUCAGUUUCACCUUCAAAUGGUAAUAGUAAUGGAAGAUCUCCACAAUCACGUAGAAACAGCCAAUAUAUCCCUAGUAGAUCUGUAUCACCCACAGGUCUUAACAAUAAUGGAACUAAAUCAAGAAGAAAUAGUCAAGCUAUUAGUCAAGCAAUUACUCAAGCCAUGAUGGGUGGCAAUAGUAGAGCACCAAGUAGAGCGCCAAGUAGAGCACCAAGUAGAGCACCAAGUAGGACACCAAGUCGGGCACCAAGCAGAGCUGUUUCGCCUGUACGUUCUAAUUCUAACAUUUCACGAAACGUAUCACCCGUUAGACCUAAUCAUAGGAGUAAUUCAGAAACAUCUCCCUCGUCAUCAACGAAAAAGCGUAAUAGUUUAUUUGUUAAAAAUUCCAUUGAUCCAUUAUCGCAUCUCAACUCGAGUAACAAAGCUUCGUCAAAUACAUCUAGUGAAUCGUCAUCAUCGAUAUCUUCAGUUGCAACUCCAACUAUGUUAGAACCAUCAUCAUCUCCUUAUAUUGUUAAUGUAUUAUCAUCAUCAAAAAAGCCUUUGUCUUCUGCUUCCACUACUCCUUCAAAUUCUUCAUCUUUACCAACACCUAUAACUAGGCGUACUAAUUCUGCACCGGUUAGGCCAAGACCAAAAAGCAUAGUAAAUGGCAAUGUUUCUAGUUUCUCUAACGAACCAUCAUCGAUGUUAAAAAGACAAAAACAUAAUUAUGAAGAAUAUAAGAUGUUAGAAUUAAAUCAAUAG